AUGCCAGCAAUUGAAAGUUCUGUAGUGCGUGGUGGUGUUCAGGAGAACCGUGAUGUUGAUAUCAAGGAGAUUAAUAGCAGUAACAGGAUGGACUACCAGAUGGGUGAGCUGUUGAAAAGGGCUGUUGGUGUUCAGUUGCAAACGAUUGACAAAGAUGUUACUGUGACUCGAAUGGCAAUGGAUCAGCUUGUGUUGUUUGCGGAAGACCAGUUGAAUGCACUUGUAGAUGGUUUACAUAGAAUAUCACUUUUGCAAAGGCGGCAGAGUAUAGCUGUGUCGGAUUUGGAAAUAUGGAUGCGAGGAUACAAUUUACUGCCGUCUGAUUUAUAUAUGACGGCUGAGGAAAGCAAGUUUAUAAGAGAGAAUUACAGAAAUGAUACCAGUGUGGUGUUUAAAGACAUUAAUAUCGACAAUCCAAUGGAGUCAGCCUUGGGGAGGAUAAACAUUCAGAAUAAAGAAAAUAUUGAGCCCACAGAUAAUGAUGUUGAUAUUGAUGAAGAUGACGAUUAUGAGUUAAUCGAAUUACAGCAACAUGCCAUGGAGCAACUAUUUAAGACAGAUACUGGGAGAGGUAGAAAUCUGAGAUACAAACCUGGUUGGCUUCCGGACUUUCCACCUGACCAUACAUACAAGUAUACGCCAAGUUAUGUCAAUGUUGUUAAACCUGAAACAGAAAUACGGCAAAAGCUGGUUGAGGAAGGAAGAUUAUCCGAGAAGGCAUUGGUUAAGUUGAUGUCGAAUCUGGAUUCGAUAAGUACAACGAAAGACAAUCAAAAAGGCACGCAUUUGAAGCAAGAGAAUAAUCUAAUAUUAUCUGAGGAGUCUAAUAAUUUAGAGGUGCAGUCUAUAUCAACUGAUAAACCAGAUGAUGUGGGGAGCCUUGAAGAUAUCAAUAAGCAAGAUGACGAUAAAACGCAAGGAAAUAAAAUAGAAGUAGACGCUGAGAACAAGGACCAAGUUGUAAAAAUAGAAGAAAACAAAGAAAGCUCGACUGAAAAGGCUACGGAAACGGCUACGGAAACGGCUACGGAAAAGCAGCUGAGCGAAGAGGAAUUGGCAGACCUGGAAAUUAAGGCCUUACUGUACAGAAUUGAGAAUAAUAAGGAAUAUUUGAUUGAGCCAAUGAGGGUAUCAUUGUUAAAAGGUGUGUUAAAAGACCUCGACAGCAAUCCAACGUCUAAACUCAAAGAUUUUGAUGUUGAAGCAUAUGCUAGACAAAGAAUUGAGAUUGCCAGGAGGAAGGUAGUUGAUUUCGAAUAUGAACAACUGUACCUAAAAUAUAAUCCGUUGCUGAGAUUGGCAAAAAUGAAGUACUAUGAUGCUGAGGAAUCAGAUUUUGAAACUGAAUAUCAAAAGUGUAUAAAAAGGACAAUGGACAGAUUUAAGAGGAACAUACCGAUAAUCAAAGAAAAAAGGAAGAUGGUGCGCAAGGAGAGCAUUAAGCGUAAAGAUGAGCUUAUCGCUAAACGUCUGGCUACGAUUAAGGAGGCCAAGAUGAAGAAGGAACAGGAAAUUGUUAGGAAGUCAAGAGAAAUGGAGGCUAUUGAAAAUGCUAACAAGUUUGGUAUAUUACCAGGUGAAAAGCCCCUUGAAGUGUUACAGGAUGCUUCGAAUGCCAGUACUGGGGAAAGUUCUACAACAACUGCACAAAUUCCACAAGGAGCUCCACUUUUGGUCAAUCCUGUGAAUAGCACAUUGGUUCCACUCGUCGAUUCCGAGAAACCAAAGCCGUUGGAAGAAGUGCAAACCAUAGAUGUUAUUGCCAAGGAUGUGGAAGAUGACGAUGAAGAUUUAGGACUAUUUGGUGGGUUCAACAGUAGUAGUGAUGACGAAGAGAUUGAUCAGAAUAAGGAAACACAGGAGAGUCCUACAAAAAAGACAACACACGUCAAGUUUGAGCUUGGCGAGAGCGAUAGUGAUAAGGAUAUAUAG